GCUCCCGAGCCGGGCGAGCCAGGAAGAAGCGUCUUCCUCCUCCUCCGCCGCCGCCGCCAGCCCAGGCUGGCUUCCCGGUCCACCGCCGCUCGGCGCCUCCCGCCCCAGCCAUGUUCGGGCAGCAGCAUCUGCUCCGCCUGCAGCAUCUCCUCCAGCAGCAGCAGCCGCCGCCCCCGGCGCCCGCCCAGCCGGCGCCCAGCCGAACGGUGACACCAUCCCAGCCCCAGAUGUUAACUCUGCAGGCGCCCAGCCCGGCAUCUCUGCUCAACGCCAACCCCAUGCUCCAGCGGGCGCUUCUCCUGCAGCAAAUGCAAGGUAACCUGAGAGGCUUCAAUGUGGCCACCGCUCCUGUGCUACAGCAGUUCUUCCCUCAAGCAACUCGGCAUUCUCUGCUGGGCCCCCCGCCCGUCUCCCUCAAGCCUCCCCACCUGGGUUUCCCGGCGGCUCUCCCGUUUCACCGCCAGACCCGGCCCUUUCGCAAGGAUUUCUCCAGGGUCUCGGAGAGGAAGCGAGAGGCAGACGGCGCCUCGUCCUCCGUCCAAGGGCGAGGCGAGGAAGGGGCUGCCGCAAUGGGAAAGCAGCCCUGCUCUCCCCCUUCAGAGACCCCCCUGGACUCUUCUCUGGAGGGCGAACCCCCCGCCAAGCUGCCCCGGAGGGAAGCGGGGAUCUCCAGCGCCGAAGAGGCAAUUGGAUUUCCCCAAACUGGAGAUGCUCAGACAGGAGGAAACACCCCCUUCGUGGCAACAGACGCCGAUGUUGGGGAAGGGGACGUGAACGCUGAGGAGGCGUCGGAGGAGGGCUUGGAAGAGGGGGAGAAGACUUCAGAGGUGGUGAGCAACGCGGGCGCCUUGAAGGUCACCAUCCAGCAGAGCAGCGAGAGCCGGGCGAUCAGCACCACGCCAGCCCUCAAGCCGGGUCCCCCUCUGCCCCCCCCUCCAGGACCCCCCCUGAAGUUCUACUGCUACAUCUGCCGAGCCAACUGCUGCAACCAACAGAAUUUCCAGGCUCACCUGUCGGGGGCACAACACCAGCAGCAGCUUCAGGAAAUCCAGCAAAGAAGCAACGUUUGCCUUGUGUCUCUGCUGCCGAUGGGAAAGGAGGUGACGGUGCCCGCAGAGACGGACGGGGAGAGCCAGCAGCAGCAGCAGCAGCAGCAGCAGCGCUGGUGUAAUACCUGCCAGGUGAAUUUCAAAGGAGACCUCAUCAAGCAUCGGAGGACUCAGGAGCACAAGCUGGCCAAGCGUUUCUUGCGUCCCUUCUGCACCGUCUGCAGCCGUUACUUCAAAACCCCCCGCAAGUUUGUGGAGCACAUGAAAUCCCUGGAGCACAAGCAGAAGGCUAAAGAGGUGAGUCUGGCCGAGAAAGAGCCGGGUGGUCCAGAGGACUCCGAGGAGCUGAUCACGGUGGACGCCGUGGGCUGCUUUGAAGAGCAGGAUGACGAAGAGGAAGAGGAAGAGGAGGAAGCUGGGGAGGGGGGCCAGUUGGAUCCGGCGGAGGCCGUCGGUCCACAGGUUGGGCAGAGAGAAACGUCGGUAGAAGACUCGGGAGGAAACGCGGAGUAUUGCCCGGACACGGUUUACGGCCUGGAUUUCCUGGUGCCCGUGGCGGGAUUCCUCUGUCGGCUGUGCCACAAAUUCUACUCCAGCGACUCGGCCACGCGGCUCACCCACUGCAAAUCCCGGAUGCACUUUGAGAACCUGCAGAGGUACAGGGCCUCUCGGCUCCAGGCUACGUCCGGACGUACAGACCCCCCCUCGCAGCUGCCGGACCACCCACCUUCCUCUCCAGCUCAAACUCACCAUCCACAAGAGGCCGUGGCCAGACGCCAGAGAAUCCCCUCCUCUCCCGAGCCCCCCGAGGUCAUCCAGACGUGCUCAGGAGACUAUGAAACGGAUGAUAUUUGCGGAGUUCUCGUCAUUGACGAGAAACGCGAGCCGUCCUCCCCGGGCAGCGACAGCUCCACGGACCAAGACGACGGGGUGUCAGGCGAGAGGGCCAGACUGCACCCCGCAGGAGAACAGCCCAAUCUGGAAAUUCAGGGAAAACUGGCUGCAGAUUCAGCAUCAACGGAGCCGGGCGAGGCCGAGCGGAGCCAAGGUCCGGCCAGCCAGGAUGGGGCCCCUUCCACGCCGGCCGAAGGGGAGACAGCCUCCGGCCUCCGGCGUUCAAACCGGCGCAGGGCGAGAUGAGAGCGGUGGCUACAUUUCUCCUCCGUAGUUUUUCCCGAGAAUUCCCUCCCUCCCUUUGCCUUCCACUUUUAGCAAAAGAGAAAGAUUCUAGUUUUUUCUUAGUUGGUUGUUUAAUAAAAGAAUAAUAAUAAAAAAGGAGAAAAAAAAAACA